AUCGUCUGUCAUGCUUCUUGGCGGGUUAGAACGAACAGGAACAUCAAAGAAGUAAAAAAAAAAAGUAACAUGAAAAUAACUUUUGAAUAAGUUUGUGUUUUACAAUAUUUAUAAUAACUAUUGUACUGUAACACGUAUAGUGUAAAUAAAGUAUAUAAUGUAUUAUCCAAAUAUAUUACCAUAACUGUUUUAUGUUGCAUAUAGAUUUGAGACAAACAAAUUGAGCUAGAAAAAUUAAAACUUUAAUGAGAAUGGCAGGUAGUAGCGAACUUUGGAUACAAUGUUUUACAUGUUGUUUGCAUCAGCAGGAACCUCGUUCACGAAAUAGCAAACAUAAAACCCAUCACAGGCUCAGGAUAGAUCGAAGCAUGAUAGGAGAACCUACAAAUUUUCGGCAUACAGGGCAUAUAAGCAGCGAUGAUUUCAAUAUGACUGGAGAUUGCUUAUCUACUAUUCAAGAAAGAAUGCAACAUAAGGGUGGCUAUGACACUUCCAUUAGUGUUAAGGCAUAUUGAUAUAUAUUACAAAGUAUUUGAACAAACUGCCAGAGUAUUAAUGGAAGAAAUGAAUCGUCUGACUCUUUACCAGUGAUAUAUUUACUUCCAAACUUUACAGUAGCACAAUGCACUAUGCACAAUGAUGCAUUUUUUUAAUGUUUUUAUAGAAUAAUAUUUUAAUAGAAAGGGUAUUUUUUAUCUUAACGUCAUUUAUAAAGACGAGAUCUCAAAAGGAUUAAACAAGUAAUCUUGUACGAUGCAACAAAUUUAAGAGUGUAUUGUCGUGGUCACAUAUGCGAAAAUUUAUGUAUUUUGAUUUAUUGCAUAGACCUUUAAGAUUAUGAAUGUAUUUAUAUAUUAAUGAAUUCUUCCACAUUGAUUUCUACUUUGAUUAAUUUGUAAGUGUAACCUAGUAAAUGAAAUAAACGAUUGUAUAUAA